UUUGAUUCGAUUAUGCUGUUGUGGCUGCGACAACCAGUUUAACCAGUUCUCAACAAAAACGGUGUUUUUUCUCCAGAACGAGGCGGAUUCCAGCUUCAGCCGUGACCCGCUCCUCCCGCUCUCUCCGCUACGACACUUUACCACCUGUAGUCAACGAUGAAUCCCGAAUAUGAUUAUUUAUUCAAACUGCUCCUGAUCGGUGACUCUGGUGUCGGGAAGUCGUGUCUCCUCCUCCGGUUUGCAGAUGACACGUACACAGAGAGCUACAUCAGCACCAUCGGUGUGGACUUCAAGAUCAGGACCAUCGAGCUGGACGGGAAGACCAUAAAGCUCCAGAUUUGGGACACGGCCGGACAGGAACGCUUCCGCACCAUCACGUCCAGUUACUACAGAGGAGCUCACGGCAUCAUCGUGGUUUAUGAUGUCACAGAUCAGGAGUCCUUCAAUAACGUCAAACAGUGGCUGCAGGAGAUCGACCGCUACGCCAGCGAGAACGUCAACAAGCUGCUCGUUGGCAACAAGUGUGACCUCACAACGAAGAAGGUGGUGGAUUACACCACAGCUAAGGAAUUCGCGGACAACCUGGGGAUCCCCUUCCUGGAGACCAGCGCCAAGAGCGCCACCAACGUGGAGCAAGCCUUCAUGACCAUGGCGGCCGAGAUCAAGAAAAGGAUGGGCCCCGGGGCCACAGCUGGCGCUGCCGAGAAGUCCAAUGUCAAGAUCCAGAGCAAGCCAGUCAAUACCUCGUCCGGAGGCUGUUGCUGAGACCCCACCCCACCCCCCAACCCCACCCAAAAACCGCCACGACCUGAAUCCACCCCGAGCCCACAAUGUCUCAAUGUUAACACGCUCCACAGGGAAAGACGACCAG